UCGGCGGGCGGCGGCGGCCGGUGAGGCCCGGGAGGCCGCGGCGCGGUCACUGCGAGCCGAGCCGAGCCGAGCCGCGCCGAUCGCCAUCCGGCCCCGGCUCCCUCGAGCAAUCCCGGCCGGUGGCGCGGCCCGGCGGGCCCGGCGGCGCCGCAGCCCAUGGAGCUCGAGAACAUCGUAGCGAACACGGUGCUACUCAAGGCCCGGGAAGGUGGUGGCGGGAAUCGCAAAGGCAAAAGCAAGAAAUGGCGUCAGAUGCUGCAGUUCCCUCAUAUCAGCCAGUGCGAAGAGCUGCGGCUCAGCCUUGAGCGUGACUACCACAGCCUGUGCGAGCGGCAGCCCAUCGGGCGCCUGCUGUUCCGAGAGUUCUGCGCCACGAGGCCUGAGCUGACCCGCUGCAUUGCCUUCCUGGACGGGGUGGCUGAGUAUGAGGUGACCCCUGAUGAGAAGCGGAAGGAGUGUGGGCGGCGGCUAAUGCAGAAUUUUCUGAGCCACACGGGUCCCGACCUCAUCCCUGAGGUCCCCCGGCAACUGGUGACUAACUGUGCCCAGCGGCUGGAGCAGGGGCCCUGCAAAGACCUCUUCCAGGAGCUCACCCGGCUGACCCACGAGUACCUGAGUGUGGCCCCUUUUGCCGACUACCUCGACAGCAUCUACUUCAACCGUUUCCUGCAGUGGAAGUGGCUGGAAAGGCAGCCAGUGACCAAAAACACCUUCAGGCAGUACCGAGUCCUGGGCAAAGGUGGCUUUGGGGAGGUGUGUGCCUGCCAGGUGCGGGCAACAGGCAAGAUGUACGCCUGCAAGAAGCUGGAGAAGAAGCGGAUCAAGAAGCGGAAAGGGGAGGCCAUGGCCCUCAAUGAGAAGCAGAUCCUGGAGAAAGUGAACAGUAGGUUUGUAGUGAGCUUGGCCUACGCCUAUGAGACCAAGGACGCGCUGUGCCUGGUGCUGACGCUGAUGAACGGAGGCGACCUCAAGUUCCACAUCUACCACAUGGGCCAGGCUGGCUUCCCCGAGGCUCGGGCCGUCUUCUACGCGGCGGAGAUCUGCUGUGGCCUGGAGGACCUGCACCGGGAACGCAUCGUGUACAGGGACCUAAAGCCAGAGAACAUCCUACUAGAUGACCACGGUCACAUACGCAUCUCCGACCUGGGGCUGGCUGUGCAUGUACCUGAGGGCCAGACGAUCAAAGGCCGUGUGGGCACUGUGGGCUACAUGGCCCCAGAGGUGGUGAAGAACGAACGGUACACAUUCAGCCCGGACUGGUGGGCGCUAGGCUGCCUCCUGUACGAGAUGAUCGCAGGCCAGUCACCCUUCCAGCAGAGAAAAAAGAAGAUCAAGCGGGAGGAGGUGGAGCGGCUGGUAAAGGAGGUGCCCGAGGAGUACCCCGAGCACUUUUCCCCGCAGGCCCGCUCACUCUGUUCCCAGCUCCUCUGCAAGGACCCUGCCGAGCGCCUGGGGUGUGGGGGGGCCGGUGCCCGCGAGGUGAAGGAGCACCCCCUCUUCAAGAAGCUGAACUUCAAGCGGUUGGGAGCCGGCAUGCUAGAACCACCCUUCAAGCCUGAUCCCCAGGCCAUUUACUGCAAGGACGUUCUGGACAUCGAACAGUUCUCCACAGUUAAGGGUGUAGAGCUGGAGGCCACUGACCAGGACUUCUACCAGAAAUUUGCCACGGGCAGUGUGUCCAUCCCCUGGCAGAACGAGAUGGUGGAGACCGAGUGCUUCCAGGAGCUGAAUGUCUUCGGGCUGGAUGGCUCGGUUCCCCCAGACCUGGACUGGAAGGGCCAGCCGCCUGCACCCCCAAAGAAGGGACUGCUGCAGAGGCUCUUCAGUCGCCAGGACUGCUGUGGGAACUGCAGCGACAGUGAGGAAGAGCUUCCCGCCCGCCUCGAGCUCCCCACCCACCUCUAGCCCCCAGCCUGAGGCCCCGCUGGGCGGUUGGCGGUAGCAGCUACUCCGAGCGCUGUUUACAGUUUUGCACAGUGGUCUUCCCCAUUGUCCACUCAAGUUGUGGCCUGGGGAACACAGCCGGAGCUGUCCCCAGUGCCCUCUGCUCCUCAGCCCCUGGUCUGGCUGAGUUUGGCAAGGCCUGGACUGUCCCUGGGACAAAGGUGCGUCCCUUCAGCUCUUGUCUGUGGAGCUCGGGGCUUUCUGUAUUUAUGUCUUUGUACGAAUGUAUAUAGCAACCAGAGCGUUCUUAAGACCCACCCUGGAGCCGGCACAGGGGCUGCUGCCACGCUCCAGGCACCUCAGGCCCAGCUCAGAUGGGCGAGGUUGGGCCAGGCCAGGCCCCUGGGCCCCCAGCACUGUGCUUGCCACCGCCGACCUCCGAGUGAGACUCGUGCCUGCCCCUGCCGCCCUGGGCUUAGGCCGCCACCUCUGGGACCCAAUACUGUCCCUUCUCAGCACUUGUCAGAGCUGUAUCUGGGACCUCUGUGUCCCCUAGGCCUGUGCCAAAGUGUGACCAGAGAUUGGGCUGACCCUGGGACCCCUCAGUCCACUGCCCAGGCUGUCCCAGAUGGGUCUGCCUCUGCCUUCCAGCUCCCAGGUCACCUCGUCCCUUGUGCUGGGCCCUGUCCUGAAGACACCUCGUGCAGAAACACCCCAGCCCAGGCCAGGGGAAGGGUAGGGGUGGGGGUGUCCCUGGCCAACCGUCAAACAUUCCAGACUCCCCUCAUAACAGACACAUGUGCCCAGCAAUAAUCCACCCCUCCCUGUGUGUGCCUGUGGGGUGUGUGUGUGUGUGUGUGCGUCUGUGUGUGUGUGUGUGUGUGUGUGUGUGAAGGGGGCAGGCGAGGCUGUGGGCCUGCGCCCCGGGCCCCAGCCCUGGCCCUUCCUGGACUGUGAUGACCAUCCUGGUCCCAGUGUUAGGGUAGCGUGGGAUUACAGGGUCCCAGUUUUUCCAUAUUUAAAGCCAAGUUUUAUUACCCAUUUUGUCCAAUAUAAGCUGCCACAUGUCUCUGUGUGAAUACAGUCCGAGCACAAACCCGGC